AAAUAAAAACUUUUUGAAAAAAAUACAUAUAUUUCACAUUAUUAUCUCUUUUACACUGUGCUUUGACGAGACAACGCUUUCAAACUCUUCAUAAACUUCAAAACCUACGCGUCCCUUCCUUCUCACAACAACCAACACUCCAUAACACAAACCCUAAUUCUCUCUAUCUUUUUCUCUUCGCGUUUUCCAGAAAAUCCGAAGAAUCAUCAUUUCAGAUUUGGGAUUUCGAUUAGCAUGUUCUGCACACUGUUUACUUUUCGUACGUAAUCCAUGUAUGGAAGACAAAGACAGAGCACCUCCCGAUCCUGCAACCGCCGGAGAGUUUAUCGGCAACUCGAGCUGGUCUCUCGGCGUCGAUGAUUCCGAUGGCACUCAUUUCUUCUCUGGCGAUAGAGAUAGAACCAUGUUCGGUGACAUCGGCUGGAAUCUUGUACCGGACCAAGUCGGAGCCAGCGAGGGAUCGUUGCCGCCGGUUCAAACCGGUUCGAUCGAACCAGCUCCGACGUCGUCUUACAGGUCUAAUAAUCAAUCCAUUUCUUCAAGCUCUAGUGAGGAUCCGCCGGAGAAAUCUACCGUCUCUGACGAAAAACCGCCGGAAAUACCUAGUAAAAGUAAAAAGAAAGGGCAAAAGCGAAUACGGCAGCCGCGGUUUGCAUUUAUGACCAAGAGUGAAGUUGAUCAUCUCGAGGAUGGCUACAGAUGGCGAAAGUAUGGUCAGAAGGCAGUUAAAAAUAGCCCAUUUCCUAGAAGCUAUUAUAGAUGCACAAAUAGUAAAUGCACGGUGAAGAAAAGGGUUGAACGCUCUUGUGAAGACCCAACUAUUGUUGUAACAACUUAUGAAGGCCAACACUGUCAUCACACAGUUGGAUAUCCUCGAGGCGGAAUCAUUAGUCACGAAGCUUCCUUUACUGGCCAUUUUUCUCCAACAAUGCCUCAAUUCUAUUAUCCUAUUCAAAUACCUACAGAAUCAAACACUUGCACCACUCCUGUUUCUCAGCAUAGCCAAUCACUUGAUGAUCAUGAAGCUGGAAGAUCUAGCAGCGCUACAAUGGCUGUGUCUGAUGCAUCGCUGCCGCAGCAUCCAACUGAUGAAGGGCUACUUGGAGAUAUUGUACCCCGUGGAAUGCGCAGCAGGGAUGAGAGAAAUAUUUGAUGGAAAAUAAUUGAGAUGCUGGUCAAGACAAAUAGCAGAGAAUACAGCAUAAUAGUAUAUUGGUUUCCAAAGAAGAAUACAUUUUGGUGCAUCAAAUUUAUAAUUUGUGAAUAUGUACCCUCAGAUAUAUAUACUCUACAUUGGAGAUGCUGAUUAAGACAAAUGGCAGAGAAUACAACUUAAUAUAUUGGUUCCUGAAAAAGAAGAGUCUGUCUAAUAUCAAACUCUAAAAACAAAUCAAAUGACAGAACCUUACCAUUUUUACUAAAGUCCAUAUUCAUAUUAAGAAGAAAAUAAUUGUGCAUCAAAUUUAUAUUUUGUUGUGCACUAUAGCAUUUCAGAUUUCAAAGAUACACUCAGUUCUAUAUGUAUUGUGCAUCAAAUUUUAUAUUUUGUGAUU